AAGUGAAAAGGAGUUAAAAUGGGUCUCUCUGUUCAUGUUCUCCUCCUACACUGAAGCACUGGUUCCACGAUGAUUAAGAGAAGUGAAUUAAUCUGAUUCGAAAAUACAGUUUUAAAUCUUAUUCCCCCUCUACACAAGCUGGUGGAUUUUGCUUCACCGAGCAAUUCCCAUCCACUUGAGCCGCAUCCCCGUGCCAAAUUGAGAGCGCAGAAAACAACACUUCAUUUUGGCUUCAACUUCAUUCCAAAUCCACGCCAACUUCAUUGUGUUCAAUUGGAGGCGCGCUCGGUGCAUCAACAGACCUUCCGUCUUUGGGCGUGGGCACGAGCACCUAAAUUUAUCUUCAAGCCAUUUUUAUAAACUCACAACCAAUCUCGGUCAGCUGUCUAAUCUGAAAACUGUUACUGGAAAAAGAAUGAGGGAGCGUAAAUACUUCUUAUUUGUGCAAAGCCUUUUGUAGAAUCAGCCGCACGUAAAAUUUGUAUUGGGGAUUAAAAGGGUCAAUUGCAGAUGAAAUGUUACUAACAAGGUAAUAUAGAUGCAACCCUCUUCUUACAGUUGAUAGAUAGUUUCGCCAAAUGGAAGUUGAGGAUUAUGCAAGUUCGUCUGGGGGAACGAGUGAUUCUGAGCUGUUAACGCAGGACACCAACGAUGAAGAAAUUUGCGAUUAUUCUGGAGAGUUGCUGAAGUUUAAAUGCAGGAAGUUGACAUCGAAGGCUAAUUGGAAGGAUGAGUUGGGAAUGGCAGAGAUUGUUUCUUAUCAUGGCCGGCUCUGGAAAAGUACUGGGAUAGUGCGUGAUGGAAAGAUUUACUACUCGAUUGAAGAGGCUUUGUUUAUGGCUGAAAUCGGGGCAUUAGAUCUACUGCGGGAUGAUCUAUGUCUUUCACUAGAAGAAAUAUAUAAGAUGGUUUCACAAGGUAAAUUUGGAUGUUGCUGGGAGUCCUUUCAGGUGUACAGGCACUUAAAAUCUUUGGGUUACAUCAUUGGUCGGCAUGGUGUUCCAUGGACCCUGAAGCGUCUUGUUAAGAGUGAACCCAAACUGAAUGAAGCCACAGAAGAAAUUAAUACAAAGUGUGACAGAGAAGCUGAAGACAAAAGUACUAUCAUCGAAAUGUUUAAAGGCAUGCACAUUGAUAAAGUGAAAGCAAUCUUUGACGUCUAUCCUCCUAACAGCAAUUUCAAGAAAACAUCACCCGGCAAUCCAAGUUUUGUGCUCUGUUUGACCAGCAGUCUUCCACCAUCCAAACAAGAGAUAAGCAACCUUGAGAGACAGUGCUAUGGUAUUCCUUUGAAGUUUUGUAAUAUCGAGAAUGGACGUGUCAGUUUCUUUUCCUUCAACAUGGUGGAGCUUCCGCUGCUUCCUUAAUUUGCUCAAAUUUAGGACAGAAUAUUUCAAUUUGUCAAAGCUAUUAAAACAGCUUGAUUUUCUGAAUCAGACCUUUGGCCAUGAUAUAUAUGCAGUUAGUACAAUAUUACAUGCCAGUUAUAAACACAUUUUUGUAUGCUAGUUAUAUAUUAGUGAGAGGUUUUAUUAUUGCUCUGUGGCUGCCAAGAAGUUGCUCUGUUGUCAAGACA